GACACACACGUGAUCGACCGCGCCAAUGCGCAGCCAAAGCAAGAGCUUGUAAAUUUCAAGCCUUGUGUCAGUUUCAGCCCGGAGUCCGGAGCACUCAGGAAAUCCACAAGCAGAACUGCAAACGGAGACAACUUUUUCUUGGUUUUUUUAAUUUUCUUUUUCCUCACCCCCUCCCUUAUAAAUCGCUGUAUUUUUUAAAAAAAAAAAUAUUGUUGGAGAGAGGUAUUAAGUUAGUGAAAGGCAGCUGGGAAAGAGAGACAGACAAACAGACGCACGUACAAGUCAAAGCAAAGAGAAAGAAAGAGAGGAGACUGGAACGGAUUAGAGACACUGCAUGUGUAUCUAUAACCGCUGAAAGGAAGAAGGGAAAACGAAGGAAGAGAGCUAUCUCGACAAUCAUCAGAAUCGCCGGAUUAAGGGCUUGGAUUAAACUGUGGCCCCAAAAAAGCCAAGGAAGGAACAAGAAGCGAACGCUUGGGUUACAUUUUAAUGGAUGCAUAUUCUUGGCUACAUUUUCCCUACUUUAUGCCGGUGGGUUACAAUGCAUGAUUGUAUCUGUGACCCAUCCCCCCGUAUUUAAUUGCAGUAUUGUUAAAACCAAUUUAACCGGAUCUUUUAUUUUUUAACCUGCCUAAAGAUAAGGGGCUGGCGUAUGCUACAGAUUUGUGCGGCUGUUACUGUGUUGUUGCCAUCAAGAACAGGCUGGAUUCAUGUUUUGCGGAUAUGUUUUUUCUGUACCUGGCUGGGUUUUAGCGAAUUUCUCUCUGGCGGAUCGUCGUCUCGUAUGUUCAGGACGAAACGAUCGGGUCUGGUGCGGCGACUUUGGCGAAGCCGUGCAUUGGGAGAAGCAGACGGCCAGACGGAUAAAGAGGGCGAUGCAAGCCGAGGAGGGGGAAGAGGAGGGGGGGGAGGUGGAGGUGACGGAGGCAGUAGCAGCGGCGGCGGAGCCGGGGGAUGCUGCGGGGCUAAAGCAUCCAAAGCGAGCACCUCGGACCCCGAGUUAAAAGCCCUCACGCACUCGCUGCUGAGGAAGCUGAAAGAGAAACAGUUGGAAUUAUUACUGCAAUCUGUGGAGAGUAAAGGGGGAGCUCGCACUGGAUGCCUCCUUUUGCCCAAGAUGAUUGAGCCCAAACUAAGCAAACAAACUUACUCCUUGCCGGUACUGAUCUGCAAAGUCUUCCGCUGGGCUGACCUGAGGAACUCUUCCGAACUGAAAAGACUUUAUUGCUGUCAAUCGUACGGAACGAAUAACCCGGAUUCCGUCUGUUGUAACCCGCACCACCUUAGCAGACUCUGUGAACUCGAGUCACCCCCGCCUCCCUAUUCUAGAUUUCCAAUGGACUCAUUUAAGCAGCCUGCAGACUCACCAGACUCUGUGCCUCCCUCAACUGAAACUGGGGGAUCUAAUUAUAUGGCCCCUGGGGGGCUUUCAG